GCGUGGCGUGCGUGGCGCGCAGGUCUAGAAGCGCUGGACUUGGGAGGUGUGCAGGGGCUGGCGGUGAGAAUUUGGCCGACAUGGCUCCAACCGCACGGGCAUCAGAGUCUGAGUAUCCUAACGGCGUCCGGGCCGUGCUCCUAGGGCCUCCCGGGGCUGGUAAGGGUACCCAGGCACCCAAAUUAGCUGAAAACUUCUGCAUCUGCCAUUUGGCCACUGGAGACAUGCUGAGGGCCAUGGUAGCUUCUGGCUCAGAGCUGGGAAAAAAGCUAAAGGCAACUAUGGAUGCUGGGAAACUGGUUAGUGAUGAAAUGGUAGUAGAGCUCAUUGAGAAGAAUUUGGAGACUCCUUCCUGCAAAAAUGGCUUCCUUCUUGAUGGCUUCCCUCGGACCGUGAGGCAGGCAGAAAUGCUCGAUGACCUCAUGAAGAGGAGGAAAGAGAAGCUUGAUUCUGUGAUUGAAUUCUGCAUCCCUGACUCUCUGCUAAUCCGGAGAAUCACUGGAAGGUUGAUUCACCCCAACAGUGGCCGAUCCUACCACGAGGAGUUCAACCCCCCAAAGGAGCCCAUGAAAGAUGAUAUCACAGGGGAACCCUUGAUCCGUCGAUCAGAUGAUAAUGAGAAAGCCUUGAAAAUCCGCCUAGAGGCGUACCACACUCAGACUACCCCACUCGUGGACUACUACAAGAAACGAGGGAUCCAUUCUGCCAUCGAUGCCUCCCAGACCCCUGAUGUCGUGUUUGCAAGCAUCCUAGCAGCCUUCUCCAAAGCCACAUCCUAGUAACAGAAGGCCAGGCGAGACUGCAUCACUGCUCAUCACCCCGCGGCGUGAUCCCUGCUCUUAGGUGCUGGGCGGAGAGGAAGGGUGGUCAUGGGAAGGGUGGAGAGGGCGGGCUGGUGAGGGCUCAGGAGGAGGAUGUGAAAGAGCAGCAGAAUUGUAAUGAGCUGCUUGGGUUUUUUUGUUGGUUUUUUUUUAACACGUAAGUGGGCAUUUCAAAAGUAUAAGCAAAGGAGAUUUUUUUUUAAAACCUGUGAUUAGAGGAGGGUAUGGGUACAAAUAGGAAGAUACAGUAUUAUCACUAAGCAGUUGGGUUUUCAUUUUUCCUGGACUGGUAACAAUAUUUUUAAAGACCUCAACUUUUAUCUCAGAAUCUCAUAAGAUGCCAGGCCAAAAAUGCAGGAAAUGGAACUGUGGUCCUGUCUGUCUCAUAGCUUGGAAUAAGGAGUUUGCUGACCUUGGUUCCCCACACAGUAAGAUCAAAAUAUCUCCACAUUUGAAAGAGAUAAGGAUAAAUUCCCAAGGGCAGUGGCUCAGCAAAUCAAGUUUGCUGGAGUUGGGGGAGCAGGGUGUGCAGGCCUAACUCCCUCCCCCUGACCUAACACUGAUUUACCAGUUCAUCUUCUCUCAUAGCUAAGCUCUUAGUAUCCCCGCCCACACCCCAAUCCUGCAGUCUUAUCUUUGUUCAUCCAUGGUGUAUGAAGGGAACCCUUUUAAAUAGAUGAACAAGAGCUGGGGAUAACUCAGUGAUUCAGUGCUUACCUACCAUGUGUAAGGCCCUGGAUUAGGUCUCUAGCACCAGAAAAAAAAAAAAA